ACUUUAAUACAAAAUAGAUGUGGAGUACCACAAAUAGAGAAACAUUUCAUUCAUUGGAUUAGAGUGAAACUGAAAAUAAGGGGCUCGUACGUUUCUAAUACUGGAUAUAAUGUACAAUGGAGUGCUCUUCGCAAACGGAAUCAUUUGAAACGUCUGUAUCAGAUUCGAAAGCUGAAGAUGAGCUUGAAGUAGAAAAAGAAGGGAAUAUUAUUGUACAUCCAUCAGCUUCUAUUCCACUCCCAUUUGGUGUGGAAGAAAAAGAUGAAGUUAUUUUCAUUGAUUUAAAUUCCGGUGAAGGGAAAAGAAUUUUAUCUGAUCCUGAGACAAGUGUGCCAGAAUUAUAUGCUUUAGCAAGACAAUUUGUUUCUCCAGUGUGUGAUAACAUUAGACUGAUUAUCAAUGAGAUUAUUAAUCGUAAUAUUGGAGUAAAUGAUAUUGAUGCAACAACUGGAAUGACUUUGUUACAUUAUGCUGUGAGAGCUGAAAUUUUAGCUUCAGAUAAACUUGCUCCAGUUGAAGCGCUCAGUACUUUGUUAUGUUAUGGAGCUGAUCCAUCGCAAAGAUCGUUGCUCACAGACAUGAAUGGAUUUCAUUUCGCUGCUUAUUUUGAUUGUCCAUCUUCUCUUGAAACAAUGAUUAAUCAUGGAAGUUCUUCUAAAUACGAUGUUGAUUGUUUAUUGAACAGCCUUUGUAGUGAAUUUGAAUUUGGAUCUGCUUUACAUAUUGCUGCUAUGAAUUUAAGUGUUAAUGCUGCUGAAAUUUUAUUGAAGCAUGGUGCUGACAUCAAUCUUAAGGAUGAUUUAGGAAGAAUUCCAUUGUAUUGCAUUCCCCAGAACACACAUAAUAAUGAGGAAAGAAGAAAUGCAGAGAGAUUAAGAUUAAUUCUCAGUGAUAGCCCAGACAAGAAGAUUUUGAAGGAAUCAUCAAAAAUCUACGUAGAUCAGCAUAAGCCGAGCACGGUAAACAAACGGUUGAAAGCAAGUUCGUGGCACGAAUCAAAGAAUUUGACAACAGGUAAAGAUGCCAUUGAUAAUAAAUGGAACUUCAACGUUGGUGAUCAUGUGUUUGUAUCGGGAACUAAAAAAGGAAUAAUCAGAUUCAUUGGAACAACUAAGUUUGCUUCAGGCACAUGGUGCGGAAUCGAGCUUCAUGAACGAAUCGGAAAGAACGACGGAAGUAUAAACGAUGUUCGUUAUUUUUCAUGUGAUUCGUCACGAGGUGUUUUUGCUCCAAUCAAUAAGCUUUCUCAUGUGACUACAAAUUCUUUACCAAGGAGAAGUAAUUCAAGAACUAAACAUGCAAGGUCAAGAUCUGUUGGACGUCAGCCGCCUAUUCAUUCUUGUUCAAGUAGUGGAACGAGUUCAAGAGAAUUGUCUCCAACAUUCAAUGCUCGACUUCGAAUUGGAACAAUUGUUUACUUGGAACAUCUUAAGGAAAGAGCAGAAAUAAGAUACAUUGGAAGAACAGAUUUUGCUGAUGGAGUGUGGGUUGGAUUAGCUUUACCUAGACCAGUUGGAAAAAACAAUGGAACAGUUCAAGGACGACAGUACUUCAAAUGUAAACCAAAUUGUGGAAUCAUGUUGAAACCCAGUCGUAUUUUUUUGAAUGGCAUCAGUGGGGAUAAUUUGCUGUAAAAAGUAUUUUAAUCUGCAGGAUUGGGGAGUCGGUUCACAAUGGCUUCUUCAAACUGUGACUUGGUAUGGCCACCACCACGAAACAUCAGUCCAAAUGCAGUUUCGUGGUAGCAGAACUCAAAACCAUGAUAUAAUUUUUUUUAAAUUAAAAUUUAUUAUACAAAUUCAACUUGAAAUUUAUAAACUAAUAUUAGAAAUUAAAUAUUAAAAAAAUUAUAAAUUGAAAGGCGAUAGAUAAGUAUUAAAAAAUAAUACAUGCGAUAAAAAUGUUAAGCGGUUAAGAGAUGGAAGCCACUGAAAUUUCUGGUAGCUCUCAUCUAUUAUCGUAAACUUGGCUCCAGCUCAUUAGAACCGGAUUCAAAAUCACAAUAGUGAUUUGACUUUCAACUACUCAUAUAUUCAUGUCUGUUUGUGUGAAUUUUUUUUCCAUAAUUAGCCUUGCAACAGUUGAUUGUGAUGUUAAUCACUAUAAUCUUUUCAUUCAUAUUCAUGUAACCAGUCCCUGAUAUAUAUUUUUAUAUGAGAGAUAUUUUUUAAUGUUUAUAUGUUGACACUGUUUUUGACUUAGCUGAACCACUGUUUGAACCUAAUGAAAUUAAAGAUUGUUGUCUUCAAUCUUUUCACUGUUUAGUUUAUGUUGAAUAACAUUUUUGUUGAUGGAAAUCAAUUUAAAAUCAUAAUCUGAUCAAAAGAAGUGAGUAGAAGAUAAUUUUUACUGAAAAUCUCGAAGCAUUUGGAAUGAGCGGAAUACGCUCCUUCUUUUAACCUUCAACCUUUGUAAUAAUCUUGAAUUGGAAAAUACACAUCAGUUUGAUUCUAGUUGGACAACAUCUAUGGUUAUCAUCAUCUCACUUGAAAUGUCGAUUAUUAGUUAUUUAGUUUAGAUUGUCGAGUAUAUCCUUUUUUGUAUUGUGUAACAAUGAAUCAAGUAUUUCAUAAUCCUCUGUAAUAAUAAUUUUAUGACCCCUGACACUCAACUAAUUAAUGUUUAAUACCUAUGAUAGAUCUUGAUUUUUCUUUAUUUACUAAAUAUGCUGCGUUUCUUCAAUUGUCAAUUAUAUGCAUUCACUGUGGUA